AUGGCCUCACAGGACAAAUACGAACUCGAAGAUCCAAAUCAUCACCCCGACUCCUUCCACCAUGGCCACAGUCGACAGCGCUCCACCAACGGGUUCUCCCGCUUCUCCAAACCCCUGAUCGACUCCGUUCGCAAUGGAUGGCAAUCCUCCUCUCCAGCCUACCACCCCCUCACCUCCGCGAACGAGAAUGAGCACCCGCGCUGGGUGCAGAUGGCCCUGUCGGUCCUUGCGGCGCCGCGAUUCCGCAGAUACGUGAUCGUAUAUUUGACGCUCUUCCUACUCGGCUGGGCGGGCUGGGGCCUGGCUAUUUCGCCGAUGCUGCAGGACCGCGCGGAGAUGAUUCGUGCUCUGGAUGUCGAUUCCAAGACGACGGGGUGGUUUGGGACAAAUGCGUUGCCGAAGUUUGAUGAUUUGACUCUCAUUCAGACUAUGGAUCCGAAGUUCCUCCCCGGCGGUCCGGUGGAUGUGGAGACCCUCGGUGCGGGGACUCGGAGGCGUUUGGUUGUUGUCGGAGAUGUACAUGGGUGUAAGGAUGAAUUGUCUGAGCUCUUAGAGAAAGUUUCUUUCUCAAACGAGAAGGGUGACCACCUCGUUUUCACGGGCGACUUGAUCAACAGGGGGCCCGAUAGUGCUGGUGUCGUGGACAUGGCGCGAGAAUUGUCGGCUUCGUGUGUGCGUGGAAACCACGAGGACCGGGUCUUACUUUUGCGGAAGGAAAUGGUGGACACGCAGACUUUCACGGAAGAGGAAGAUGUGGGUAUCGAUCUUUAUACCGAGAAGCAGUUGAAGGAACGCGCUUUGGCUCGCGCCUUGAGCGACGAGCAGGCGCAGUGGUUGGGCACUUGUCCGGUCAUUUUGAAUGUCGGCCAGAUCCCCACUAUGGGGCAGGUUGUUGUUGUCCACGGUGGUAUUGUUCCGGGCGUGGAGCUCGAGAAGCAGGAUCCGUCUCUUGUGAUGACAAUGCGAACCAUUGAUGUGGAUACACAUGUCCCGAGUGAAUCGAGUGAAGGUCUGAAAUGGGCCAAGAUGUUUGAUAAACACCAAUCGGCCUUGCAGAAGAGCCUCUCCUCAUCCAACGAAGACCCCCGUUCCGAGCUCAUGACUAUCAUCUACGGCCACGACGCCAAAACCUCGCUCAAAAUCCGCAAAUAUGCCAAGGGCCUUGACUCUGGAUGUGUGAAAGGUGGCAAAUUGACCGCGCUUGUCAUCGAGGAUGAUGGGACGCAAAAAGUCGUUCAGGUGAAAUGCCGUAACUACACAAAGGGCUAA